AUGGCAGACUUUGCAAGCCUGACCACCAAGUUCCGAGCCGACCCAUCCGUCUCCAGAGUCACCAAACGUCCAAGAGAUUCCUUGGUGUGUAACCAAUGUCGAAAGUCCAAGCUUCGAUGCGACAAGGCACAACCAUGUGGCAGCUGCGUCAAGAGAGACGCAGGAGCAGCGUGCUCUUACCAUCGUCCGCCACCCACACUAUCCGAGUCUCGAAACGAAGGGACUUUGUCCUCCGUGGCCGAGGACAGAUUGUUGCACCUCGAGGCCAUGGUGAGGGAACUGAUGGAGCAGCAGGCGUCAACCACUGAGCAAUCAUCAACUCAUGCGGUUCCAUCAAAAUUAAGGGCACCACAUUCAAGGCCCAAAGACGCCGUCGAUCUCGAGUGUAACGAGACGCCUGGUGACAGUCGCUAUGUUGGAUUCACGCACUGGUCGGCGAUCCUCGACGACAUCCACGAACUGAAAAUCGCCCUGACUGGAGCGAACGAAGCACAGGAAGCGGCGUUGAGCUUGAACUCGAGCACUUCUACGCCACCUGGGUCAACACUGUCCGGGGCAGGGAACGACAUCAUCUUCGGAGGAUCGAGUAGCUUCUCGCUAGAGGAGAUCCUCGACCAGUACCUCCCUCCCAAGAUCGAAGUGGACCGCGCCCUCGCAGCUUACUUUCGCGGAGAGACGUUCAUCAUUCCCUUUGUGCACAUUUACCAGUUCCAGCGCCAGUACCGCGAGUUUUGUGCCGAUCCGACCAAAGUCAACCCGUUGUGGCUUUCGAUCCUUUUCUCCAUAUGCUACAUGGCUUCUCUGAUUGCGGGUGUCGCAACACUGACGACAGACACAACCACACACCAACAAGAUGACCUCGUCCGUCAGCGUCGCCGCUUUCACGUCGCCGCGGCAAAGUGUCUGGUGCUGGGAAACUAUCGCCAGCCCCAACCAUUCGCUCUCGAGGCGCUCGGCAUCUACGGCCACUGCAAGAACCUGAGCACGCUCGAGCCGUCGCGCGAGGCCGGCACCAUCCUUGCCAUCGUGGUCCGCAUGGCGUACGAGAUGGGCUACCACCGCGACCCGGACCACGUGGGCCAGAAAUUCACCGUGUUCGAAGCCGAGAUGCGCCGUCGAUUCUGGGCCGUGUGCAAGCAGUACGACACCAUGCUCUCGUUCCAGCUGGGCCUGCCAAGCAGCAUCGUGCUAGAAAACACCGACACCAAACCGCCGCGGCACAUCCUCGACUCGGACUUUGACGAGGCCAGCACGGAGCUGCCGCCUGCGCGGUCCGAGGACGCACCGUCGCCGCUGCUCUGGUUCAUCGUCAAGGACCGGAUGCUCGCGCUGUUCAGCAAGGUGUCGCGCGGCGCCCUGUCGUUCACCGAGAGGUCCGGGGCAGACGUGGUCGCGCUCGACCGCGAGAUCCGUCAGGUCUACGAUGCCGGCGUCCCUGACGUGCUGCGCAGCCGCCCCCUCGCCGACUCGCUCUCCGACUCACCCUUUCUGAUCAUGACCCGCUUCUUCGUCGAGUUCAUCCACCUGAAGAACCUCCUCGUGCUGCACAGAAGGUACAUGGUGAAAGGCAGCGUUUCCAGUACCAUGGCCUGCGUCGAAGCAGGGAGGAGUCUCGUCAGCCAGUUUCUCGACAUGUACAAGGAACUCGGGCCGGGGGGGCAGUUGUACACGGAGCGGUGGAUGUUGAAUAACUUCACCAUCAACGAUUUCCUGCUCGGCGUCAUGGUGCUGUGUCUUGUCGUGCACCUCUGUCGUCAACGACAACCACGCAAUCGCAACCACUGUGAUGGUGAUGGCGGUGGCAACAAUAAUUGGCAUCAGAGCUUGCCCAUCGACGUGGCUACGCAGAGAGAAAUAUCGAGACUCCUAGAGCAGUCUUACACCGUGUGUGUCGAAAGGGCACCGGCGUGCAGAGACGCAUGGCGCGUUUCGCACGCUAUAAGAUUCACGUUGGAGCGUGCGGAAGCUCCUCAGAACAACAACAGCGCCGUGAGGGACGGGAGGAGGCCCGUCGGAGGAGUCCUCGGCGCCACCAUGAUGCACAAUUCGAUUUCCACAGGGGCAGCCACGGCUACGGCUACGGCUACAUCUACGUCUUCAUCGCUCGAACUCGAAGUCGGACUCGGGCCCGCACCCUCUCAGCGGCAGCCACUGACUUCGAGUUUGGCCACGAGCGGGCAUGAUCAGACAGGUGCAAAUGAUGUGGAUGAGGAUACGGUAUUCGACUUUUUCGACGUGAACAUGAACGUGUACGCAGCGCAUCCGAAUCCCACCAGCAACAAUAAUAACAACCACACCGACACCGAUAACGACAACUGCAACGACAAUUUUGAUAUCAACCACACCGCCGCCGCCAACGCCGGUCUUGUCACCGAGCCAGGGUGCGGAUUCCGGUUCGAUUCUCUGAACCUCGCCUUUCAUGAUCUCGACGACCUGGAUUUCGGUGGAUGGAUGUCGUUUGAUGACACGCAGAUUUCAGACUCCUAA